CCUCGGCCUUGAGCAGCAUCUCCGUGAAAUAGCAGCUCUCUCCCUUCCUGCUUUUUACCUCUUUCAACAUUACCUGACGUAUUCAACUGAUCAUCCAGAGACACACACCAACAGCCUAUGGAAUUCGUAGCUGAGUUCUUCAGCCUUCUACUCAAGGCAAUUCGUUAACCGGAUUGACCUAAUCAACGUUGCCUAUCGAUUUCAGCACCAGCGUACAACAAAGAAAAAAGCCGCAUCAGACAGAGACGAUCAAAAACGAGUCGAAACAUUCCUCCCAACAAGCCCUAACGAUGACUCAAGGAUCAGUCAUCAGCCCCGCCAACGGCACUGCCAAUGGUGUUACCAAUGGCGCCAAGAAGCCAUUCGAGAAGGACUCCCGUUUGAGCACUCAGUCCGCCUAUGACCUUUCCGUCAAUGGCCUCGAAGACUUGGUCGCAUUCGAAGACACUCCAGCGGGACUCUGCAUCGUUUCCAAGGUGGACUUGCCGGCGGGAGCUCACUUUGCCUACCUGACCAGCCAUCAACCUCAACCAUCGGCUACUUGGAAGACGAUCCAGACUUCAGCAACCACUCAUACCGACCCACAGAGUGCGUUGCUGUACAUGAACCACUCUUGCGCUCCGUCUCUGGAAGUGCAUACCUACGCACCUGACGAGAAUGGCAAUUAUCCUCAAGCUCCGCUGCAAGGAGAAAUGAAUGGGGAAAUUGCUCAUUUGAAUAAGACUGUUGGACUGGCCGGCGAGGUCAGAGUCGCGAGAGAUCGUGCUGUGAAGAAAGGUGAUAGCUUGACCUUCUUCUACCCUUCCACUGAAUGGAAGUUCGAUCGUUCGUUCGACUGUCUGUGCGGAGCCGGCGAUGGCGUCUGCGUCGGCAAAGUGGAAGGUGCCCAUGCCAUUCCUGAGAAAGAUCUAGGACGCUGGUUCUUCAACGACCACAUCUUGCAAUUGGCGAAGAAGAGAGAUGCGAAGUAGGAGCAUCGUUGCGUCUUGCGUUUAGUACACAAUUGGACGAAGCCAAUGGACUUGGAAUGGAUUACUGUUUGAUAGUCAGCCUUCAACACUGACACACGCUCGUUACACACAAAGAACUGGCGAACUUCAACAUAGCUUAGGCGAUACAUAAAAUGAAUGGAAGUGCCCAAGCCGAUCCAU